AUGAGCAUUCGCAGACGAUUAAAACGACUUUCGCGUCAAUUAAAAUUGCUGGAGAAGUAUGCAACACUGACCCGGUACUAUCGAAUUAAAGCAAGGCGGAGUGUGGACAAUAUACACAAGCAUGGAUUGUUCAAGAGAGAGUGUGAAAAGUUUCAACUCACCUAUCCCAUACUGGAGUAUGCAAUGCAACAUGAUCGAGUUAAUCGAACGGCUCUUCAAAAGGUGCUUAAACAGGUCCCCUAUCAGCUGAGUUCAUUGAUAAGGCGCAAAGCCUUCGAGCGCAAAGACUGCAGGGAGAAGUUUGGAAGGUCAUCUUAUGAAUGCACCAGUCCUGAAGUCCCAAGACAGACGAGUUGCAGUCCCCUCAAGCCCACACUUCCAAUGCAAUCAACUCCAGAGAUUAAACCCUCCACAACCUAUCAAGUGAAGCCCAACUUCUCCCCUUCUUCGCCUCCUGGAGAAAUUUUAGAUCUUUCAAUGAAACCACCUUCCCCAAUGAAUAGCAUGGCCUCAUCUUCAUCCGCAUUAAAUCCCAUGAUGGAGUGGAUUCGUCCAUUAAACAAUCGACUGUUUCCUAGACCUCUACCCCCUGAAUGUGAAGACACAAAUCCCUUGGAGAGUUUUACCUCUGCCUCAUCACCAACAAGUCAUCUACGAAGUCGUCCUAGUGAAGACUACUUGGAACAAUUUAUGCGAGUUGAUGAAACUCAGAAUAUCCUUUGGCGACAAUUGGCCGAACGAUAUCAACGAAAUAUGGUGCCAAAUCAGUGUGGCGUCUGUCAUAAGGUGCUCAGUUGUCGUAGUGCUCUGACAAUGCAUUAUCGUGUACACACUGAAGAAAGGCCAUUUGUGUGCAAAAUUUGCUCCAAAAGAUUUUCAACCAAGGGGAAUUUGAAGACCCACCUUGGGCAACAUCACGAAACAGUAGAAGCCUAUCGAAUAGCAGCAAGAACAGCGGCAUUGACAGGAUCAGUAAUGCCAAGACCUCCGGCAUUACCUGCGUUGUCAGCAGUGGUUUCCGAAAUGGACGCUCCUUCGCCUCGCAUCUCACCAAAUCGAAAUAUGCCUGACACCACGAGCUAUGCCGUGCAGCCUCCUGGUCCCCCACCACCUUCUCCAUCUACCACUGUGUCGCAUUCACAACUUCCUGUACCCCCCUCACUUCUGCUACCCCAAACAUCUGCGAGCCCUAUCAACCCGUCUCAGUUGGCUUUAUUCAACACUCCAAGUAUGCAGAACUUUAUCGGAGGUGCCAAUUCCCCAUGUUUGGAUGCCCCCAGCGACUGUCCCUUUAGGGCGUUCCUUCAGCAGUUAAAUGCGACAACGCCUAUCUUCAAUUCCUCAUCAACAUUUCCCGGUCUAAUUAUCCCUCCACCCCCUCUAUUACCUCAUCCGCCCAAUAGGCCGUCCAAUCAGACAGAUAACUUUGCAUCUGCAAAUCCGGUCUGA